AGCAGGGGGUUGCAUAACAAAUACACAAUACUCAAAUGCAUUUUAUGGUGGCAGCCUUGCAGGCACUGACCUAUUGGCCACUUGUAUUCAAACUUCUGAAGAACCUGAGGUUGUUUGAGAUUCGCUCAGGGGGACUUUGUAUUCAAGCUUUUGUUUCAUUUAUGACAUUGCAUUCUGGGCUGCUGUUUAUAGUUAUGAUACCGUGUCUGUAUUUGUUUUAAUUUUUAUCAUCAUCAAAUAAGCAAACAAUUGCUGGAGGAAAGGACCAAAACAGCUAUCAUCCAACGUAAGAUAAUUCUGGUGUACAAUUGUGCUCUCAGCAGGUGGGGUGUCCCAAUAUCUUGCUACUUGUAUGGAAAUUUACCAAUUUCAAGGCGUGUGACAAGUAGAGUAGCCUAUGGACUUCCUUUUUCCAGCUUAGGCAUAGCCCAAAUCUAGUGCUUCCGCUAAGACUACAUACAGAAGCGUCUUUGUUCUUUGACAUCAGUAUUGCUACAUACAGAAGUGUCUUUGUCCUUUAACAUCAGUUUUGCUACAGAUUUACUAGCCACAACAAACUUAAAAGGAUUACAGGGAAGCAGAUGCACUUCUUGCCAUGUCCUGCGGCAGUCCUAGUAAUGAACGAUGAACAGUCUCUUUUGGUCUUGUCCACAUAGAAAUACUUUCGUAUUCUGGAUACUGAAUUCUUAGAUUGAAUGAGAUGUGCUAAUUGUAACGCCUUUUGAUAGACCAAUUAGAUGGGAGUCCAAGACUUCAAUUCCAACAAUUUCUUGUUGGUCCAGCGUUCUUCCAAAAAAGAAGGAAAAGAGUUAAAGGAGAGAUAAUAAAAAAGCAACAUGAUGAAUCUUGUUUCAAGACUGCCAAGCAUAUCUCGUCGCCAAACUAUUGAAACAAAGAUGGGUGACACCAUCCUUCGCCCCGUCGUAGAAGUCACUGUGUCCAAGGUGAUUUCUGUUGCUUCUGAUCAGCUCAAUUUAGCACUGGGAUGGAACCAGGACCUGCAAAAGUUUUGUAGUAUGAUGGAGAUGCUCCGAGGUGUGUUGCAAGAUGCAGAUGCAGAUGAAAAGAAUGUCAGUGGCCGCCGCUCUGGUCUGAAAUGCUGGCUCCAGCAGCUUCGAACAGUUGCAGAUGAAGCUGACGAUAUACUGGAGGAGGUCGUUUAUGAAAAUAUGCGGCGUCAGAUGGUAGUUCAGAAAUCAAAGUGGAGAAAGGUCAGGUACUUCUUUACUCGAUCUGACCCCCGGGCCUUGGUAUUUCGCCUGAACAUGGCUAAUAAAGUUAAGAAUUUGAAUAAAAGCCUUGCUGAUAUCAAUCGCUUGGCUAAUCAUUUGGGGCUGCAAUUCAAACAUGCAAUCAAGGGUGCUGGACCCUGGGAAAGACCAGCCCCAGAGACUCACUCUUUUCUUCCAUCAAGAGUUUUUGGAAGAGAGGAAGAUGUCUCUAAAAUUGUUAGCUUAUUGGUUGAUUCAAGUAAUCAGCAUGAUCUCCCUGUCAUAACAAUUGUGGGAAUGCCAGGCCUUGGCAAAACUACUUUGGCGAGGGCAGUGCUUGAAAAUGAUAAAAUAGGUGAACAUUUUGGCAAAAAUAAAAUGUGGGUUUGUGUGUCUGAAAAUUUUAAUGUCAAAAGGAUUUUAGUGGAGAUGUUGAAAUCUAUUAGCGGAAGUGGUAGUGGUGAUAGGGAUGUUGGAAGCAAUGAUAAUGUGAUGAAGGAUAUUCAAAACAAGUUGGAGGAGAAAAAUUAUCUUCUCAUACUAGAUGAUGUCUGGAAUGAGAAGAGACUAAAGUGGGAGGAGUUAAGGAAUUGUUUGUUAGGCAUAAGUAGAAGUAAGGGGAGUAGGGUGCUUGUGACAACCCGACUUGAAAAUGUUGCAUCACUAAUGACAGUUACUGAUGAACACAUCUGUCAUCCUAGGCAAUUAAAUGAAGAUGAGUGCUGGGCUAUAAUCAAGCAGAGAGCAUUUGGAGACAAUUCGGUACCUGAGGGGUUAGAGAGAAUAGGAAAACAGAUUGCUAAAAGUUGUAAAGGUGUUCCACUAGUUGCAAGUAUUAUAGGGGCUACUUUGCAGAAAAAGAGGGACAUAAGGGAGUGGCAAGCAAUUACAGAGAAUUGUGUUUGGGAUUCACUGGAAAAGGAGGAGGGGAUCUUGGAUAUAAUAAAAUUCAGCUAUGAUCGCCUGCCCACGCUAGCUUUGAAGCAAUGCUUUGCGUUUUGUUCCAUUUUUCCUAAGGAUUUUGUCAUGAAAAGGGACAUAUUAAUUCAACUUUGGAUGGCUCAAGGAUUUCUUGAAUCACCUGAAGAAAGUAAUACAGCAGCGGAAGAUAUUGGUGACAAAUAUUUCAAAUAUUUGUUAUCAUAUUCCCUAUUUCAAGAGGAAUGGAGGGAUAAUGUAACUGGGAGUGUUGAAUCUUGUAGGAUGCAUGAUUUGAUUCAUGAUUUUGCCCAGUUAAUUUCAAAAUCUGAGACACUGAUUGUUGAGGAGUGGCCUAGGAGCAACAAUUCUCGUGAUGUUAAGCAUUUGAAUCUAAUUGGUAGGAGGGAAAUGGUGCCAACAGUUUUAGGAGAUGUUGCCAAAAAGUUGCAGACAUUGUUUUUCGAGCAUGGUUUUUCUAGUGGUGUACAAGUGGAUUUUAAAAGGUUACGGGUUCUCAGCCUUAAUGCUGCUUUUGAUGCAAAACAAUUGCCAUCAUGCUUUGGCAACUCAAAGCGCUUGAGGUAUUUGGACAUUUCAAGAACUCAAAUAGAAGAACUACCCAAGUUCAUCACCAAGCUAUACAAUUUGCAAACAUUUAGAUUCAUGGACUGCUAUUCUCUUAAAAUGCCUCCAGGAGGAAUAGGAGAUUUAAUCAACUUGAGGCAUAUUUAUUUCAAUGAUGAAGAGCGUAUGCCUGCAAACCUUGGGAGCCUAACCAACCUACAAACAUUGCCAUUGUUUUUUGUAGGUACAACAGAAGGACGUAAAAUUGAAGAAUUGGGAAGCUUAAGAGAACUCAAAGGAAGACUAGAGGUCCGUAAGCUUGAGCUUGUUAAAGGCAAAUCAGAAGCCAAGAAAGCUAAAUUACAUGAGAAGGCAGUUGAUGUGUUGCAAUUAUGCUGGAGAAAAGAAGGCAAUCGUGAUAAAUUAGAUGAAGAUGUCUUGGAAGGCCUCCAGCCUCAUUCAAAUAUAAGAAUAUUAAGUAUUGAAGGCUAUGGAGGUAGAAAAUUGGCAUCAUGGAUGUUGAAGAACAGUGAAGAAUUGUUGUUACUCAACAAUUUGGUGGAGCUGAGAAUUAGCAAUUGCAGGAUGCUAUAUAGAAUUCCGAAUAUCAAUGGCUUUUCUUCUCUUCAGCGGCUUUAUGUUUCGAAUUGUGAUCAAUUAACUAGUAUGGGUGAUGAUGAUGGGCUGGUACUUACAUCGAUGUCUAUCAAAGAAUUAUCCAUAGCUAGGUGUACAAUGUUAGAAAGAUUUUUGGUUAGUGAAUUAUCAUCUCUGGAGAAACUCACGAUUGAGGAUUGCUGGGUGAUAAAUAGCAUAGGAGAUAGCCUAUCAAGCUCCAAGUGUCUCAAACAAUUAUAUUUGCGAAGGUGUCCUGAAUUGAAGUUUAUUCCAAGUCUAGAAGGGUUUGUCUGUCUGAAAACAAUAGCUAUUUGGUGUUGUGAUGGAUUAGAGUGUCUACCAACUGGACUCUCAUCUUGCACUGCUUUGGAGGAAUUGCAGAUAGGGAAUUGCUAUAAUUUGGUCUCAAUUCCAGAAGAAUUGAAACAGUUACGAUCUCUUGUUAAGUUGGAUAUUCAGGAAUGUCAAAAAUUGAAGUUUAUUUCAAGUUUAGAAGGACUUGUCUCUCUGAAAACAGUAGCUAUUUGGUUUUGCCAUGGAUUAGAGUGUCUACCAAGUGGGUUCUCAUCCUGCACUGCUCUGGAGGAAUUGCGGAUAUUGAGUUGCUUUAAUUUGAUCUCAAUUCCAAAAGAAUUGAAACAGUUACGGUCUCUUGUUAACUUGGACAUUGAGGGAUGUCAAAAAUUGAAGUUUAUUCCAAGUCUAAAAGGACUUGUCUCUUUGAAAACAGUAGCUAUUCGGUUUUGUGAUGGAUUAGAGUAUCUACCAAGUGGCCUCUCAUCCUGCAUUGCUCUAGAGGAAUUGCUAAUAUGGAACUGCUGUAAUUUAAUCUCUAUUCCAGAAGAAUUGAAACAGUUACGCUUGAAGAAAUUAGAGCUUGGCCUUUUCUCAGAAGAGCUGGAGGAAUUCCCAAAUUUGAGUUCCACUUUCACUCUGGCCCCCCUUGAAGUGUUGCGUUUGGAAGGAUGGGGGGAAUCACUAACUCUACCACAUCAAAUUCAACGCCUCACUGCUCUCAGGGACUUAACCAUCAAAAGCUUCAAUGGAGUGGAAGAAGCUUUAUUGGGAAACCUUUCUUGUCUUAAAACACUUCAAAUUAGGGAUUGUACUCGGUUAAGGUGUCUAUUAGGUGGGCUAUCAUCUCUUGAGAAACUAGAGAUAACAGAGUGCCCCAAUCUGGUCUCUUUUCCAGGAGAGUUGAAGGAAUUGCGUUCUUUAGAAAUUUUAGGUUGUCCAAAAUUGGUGGGCUUCCUAGAGAAGAGUCUUGGCUGCUGUAUUAGGUUGAAGAGAUUAGAGAUCGGCCCUUUCUCAGAAGAGCUGGAAGAAUUCCCAAGUCUAAGUUCCAUCCACACCUCCCUUGAAGUUUUGGCCCUGAGGGGAUGGGAAAAACUAACUCACCUCCCACAAAUUCAACACCUCACUGCUUUAAAGCGGUUAAAUAUAUACAACUUCAGUGGAAUGGAAUCUUUGCCAGACUGGCUUAACAACUUGUCCUCCCUUCAACGACUUGAAAAUUGGAACUGCCCAAACAAGUUAAAGGAAAGAUGCACCAAGGGAAGCGGUCCUGACUGGCACAAGAUUUCUCAUAUUCCAUACAUCCUAAUAGAUGGGGAGUUCAUCCAAUUCCAAUCCAAAUACUGAAGCAAAGAGAUGGAAUGAUGAUUUCUAGAAUUCAGAACUGCACUCCUAUAAGCUUCAACGUUGAGCCGGUCAAGCCUUAAAUAUAGCUUCGAUCCCAAAGUAUUAGUAUUAUUAUUGUUUUUAUCUUUUAACUUCAACUUAUAUUAAAGUUAACUAUCAAUUGAAUGGGCGUUCACUAAUUAUUUUGCAUUGAUCGUUGACUCUAACUCUUAACAGAUCAUCGUCAAAUAAGCAAGCAAUUGCUGGAGGAAAAAACCAAAACAGCUUUCAUCCAGUGUAAGAUAAUUCUGGUGUACAAUUGUGCUCUCAGCAGGAGGGGUGUCCUAAUAUCUUGCUACUGGUAUGGAAAUUUACCAAUUUCAAGGCGUGUGACAAGAAUAGAGUAGCCUAUGGACUUCCCUUUUCCAGCUUAGGGAUAGCCCAAAUCAUCCAAUGCUUCUGCUAAGACUACAUACAGUAGCAUCUUUGUUCUUUGACGCCAUUGUUGCUACAUGCAGAAGCGUCAUUGUUCUUAUGACAUCAGUAUUGCUACAGAUUCACAGGCCACAACAAACUUAAAGGAUUACAGGGAAGCAGACGCACUUCUUGGCCAUGUCUUCCUGCUGCAAUCUUUGUAACGAACAAUGAACAGUCUCUUUGAUCUUGUCCACAUGGAAAUACUUUUGUAUUCUGGGUACUGAUUCUUAGA